GAUUCGUACUCUAUAUAAUUGUAAUUUCAUGAUAAACUAAUGCGCGUACGUUUGUUGAUCACACGAAAUAAUAUUCCUAAACUUAUGAGUUUUGAUUAUUUAGUGACAGUUUGAAUAUGUCAAAUAUUCUUUGACUGAAAUAUUAAAUAUUUUUGAAAUAAACAUCAUACGUAAACGUGAUGGAGGGUGAAACUGUUGGUAAUCUUGUUCAAAAAAUGAUUAUUUCGCUUUGUGGAGAACAGAAACCAGAAAUAAUUAGGAAAUGGAUGCGUUUCUGUCUUGGAUUAUUGUCAUCAACUCAAGGAGUAGAAACAUUACAAGAAGAUGAAAUUACUAUAGGAAGUCAAAUAAGAGAAAAAUUAUCAGUUUGUGAUGCAGUACAGUUUGACAAAUUAUAUAAUGAUUUGAGAUCUGGACCAUUGAAGAACAGAGCCCAAAUCCUGAUAUUUUUGUUAAACGUGUGUCAAUCAGCAGAACAGUUAAGGGAUAGAGUUUUUUCAGCACCUGAUUUAAAAUUAGGUUUAUGCUCAUCUUCUGCAUCUACUAGUGGACAGUCAUCUGAAAUUUGUGCACCACCACAAAUUGUUUAUAACAACUCAGACAAAAAUACACGAGAUUUUUUAACCAGUUCUAAUAAAAUAUAUGGAGAGGAAUAUAUUUCAGAAGAUAUAUUGGUUCAAGAUCUUAUAUAUUCUUUCCUAGGUAUUGAAGGAAAGAUAUUGAAGUUAGAUUCCAAUUAUGGUUUUCAAAUAGAUCCAAUGAUUAGCAUUGAUAGGCCACGGAAACAAGCUACAUUGAGAUUAAGUGAACUUGGAUAUUUACAUAAUAUAAUUCAAAAAGGUUUAGAAAGAAUGUCAGUUGCUUCAAAUGGUCAAGUGGCCGAUAGUUUUGUUGCAGCAUUACAUUCUGAGUUAUCAGAAUACUACAGAUUUAUAGCCGUUAUUCAAGAAGAAGUAAACAGAGUUCAAUCUGAAUCAGGAUUAUACAGAGUUACCUUGUCUCACUUGCAUCUUUGGGCAUAUGACCCUUUAGAAGCCUUAAAAUGGCUAGCAAGUAUAGUGAAAGCUUGUCAAGGACAAAAAGGUGGUGCAUUAGCUUCUGCAGUAUAUGAAUUUAGUAAUCAUGGUGAUGCUAGUGUGAAAAAAUUAGUUAAGAGGAUUUUGCAAAGUGUCUGUGAUCCUCUGUACAAUAUGUUGAUAAGAUGGAUUGCAGAUGGUGAAUUAGAUGAUCCAUAUAGAGAAUUUUUUAUUGAAGCUUGUGCUGACAUUACUGGGGAGAGAAUGUGGCACGAGAAAUAUCAAGUUCGCAACAAUAUGCUACCAUCUUUUAUUACAAAAGUGCAAGCUAAAAAAAUUUUAGGAACAGGAAAGAGUAUUAACUUUCUGCGUGAAGUAUGUAAAGAUUUUACUCCAUGGCAGGGAAAACAUACAAAAAUGUUCAAAAGUUUCAGCGAGGAAUAUAAAGUUGAUGUUCUUUUCGAUAUGGAUCCUGAUGGUCGAUUACAAACGAUGAUGGAUACAGCCUACAAAGAAACUUCAACUAGAGUAGUUGAAGUGUUAACAAAAGAAUAUCACCUCAUGGAACAUUUACACGCAAUCAAGGGUUAUCUGUUAUUAGGACAAGGAAAUUUCAUUCAAUAUCUUAUGCAUUUAUUAGAACCAGAAUUAGAUAAACCAGCCAGUUCUGUAUAUCCACAUAACAUAUCUUCUAUUCUGGAAACUGGAAUAAGAGCGACUGUUACAAAGAUAGAUGAUUUAGAUAUUCAUAGGCGACUUGACGUAAGAUUAUUAGCACCUUCGGAAAAUGAAAGAGGAUGGGACGUUUUUAUUCUGGAUUAUAAUGUAGGAGGUCCUAUUGGAACAAUUUUAGAACCUUGUAGGCAAAUAUAUCAAACUGUAUUUUUCGCUUUAUGGAGAGCGAAGAGAAUGGAAUCUAUAUUAUCUGCAAUUUGGAAACGUCAAAUAACUUCAGCAAAAAUGUUUCGCAAAAUGCCUGAAGUAUUACCAAUUCAAACUCAUAUUCAUUUAAUUACUAGUAGUAUGGUACAUUUGGUUCAUCAAAUGCAAUAUUUUUUCUUAUUUGAGGUAAUCGAGUGUUCUUGGGAUGCAUUUGCAAAACAAUUAGCACAAGCACCAUCGUUAGAUGAUAUAAUUACAGCACACACUCAUUUCAUAGAUACUGUAAGACGUGGUACACUUUUAGAUGAAAAAUCACAAGAACUUAUGGAUCAUUUACGUUCUGUAUAUGGUCCAAUUUUAGAUUUGCAAAAUCUUGAAGAAACGUUUCUUACACGUGCAACACAUGAAUACAAAGCCCGAUUAAAGGAUAAUAAUUCAGUAAAUGUAACUAUUGUGAAAAAUGGGUCAGAUUUAACAGAAAAUAAUGAUGCAGAAAUAGUCAAACGUCAAGCUGUAUUUUCGAAAUACUUAAAUACACUUUCAAUUCAACUUAGAUUACUUUCAAGAACGUAUCAGGAUAGAGUGAAAAAAUUUCUUAUAAUGCUUGCAUCAGCAGAAGAUGUGUCUUUACAAUUGUUAAGUGUACGUUUAGACUUUAAUGAGUAUUAUAAAAGUAAAGAUAGUCGUCUUGUUGUGCCAUUAACAUAUUUGCAUCGUAGACAAAGUGACCAAAGCUAUCUUAGUUGUAAAUAAUAAAUAAAAAAGCUUUUUUACCGCUAAUUAAAGAUAGAUAUUAUUUA